AUGUUUCCUAAAGCCGACACCAGUGAGACUACUCGCCCGGCGUCUCCUCAUGUCGAGGCCCAAACGAACAAUCUGACCUCUCCCAAUCUGUGGUCCAACGAACAAUUUCACCGCAGGAAUUACACUGGCGCCCUCAUCUUUAAUCUUGCUUCGUUUAUCCUCCCUGCCCUGUACGGCACACUGUCAAAACUAUGGGUCGCCAACAUUGAUUCUUCCCUCGUCGUCACAACCGAUACGUACACCUAUAUCAGCGUAGUCGCAGAGACCCUUAACGAAGGCCUCCCACGAGCGGCAUGGGUCAUCAUUGGUGAUCAUGCCUCUCGCACUCUCACACAGCGGCUCCAGCUCUCAAACACGCUGGUCCUCUUCCAGGGCGUUCUGGGUCUCAUAAUGAGCCUGGCAUUCGUGAUAGGGGCCAGGAGUUUUGCCGAUGGCUUUGUGCCUAUCGAGGUCCGCGAGGCGAGCAUCAUGUAUGUGCGCAUCGGAGCGUUCAGCGCAUUCAGCUCUUCGAUAGAGACGGCUGUUGCAUCGGCUACCAGGGCGCUCGACCGGCCUGACGUCCCGCUGAUUAUAAACUCGGUCAAAUUUGCUGUCAACAUCAUUUUGGACCUGCUGCUCAUCUCCAAGAUCCACGUUGGCUCCCAUGAGCCCACAGUCAACAUGCAAGCAGGUAUUCAGCUCUCCUGCAACCUGGCAUCUGCAUUUAUCGGCCUGGCAUACUUUCUUUGGAGGAAUACGCAAUACCAAAAGGAAAGAGGAAACACUCCACAGGAGUGGACUCCAACGAAGCCACACUCCCGCGCGCUCCUAAUUUUGCUCCGUCCCGGCGUCCUGACUUUCAUCGAGUCGGCAAUCCGCAACGCACUUUAUCUCUGGCUGGUAAGCAACAUCGUAUCAAUGGGAUCGACAUAUGCGACAGCAUGGGGCGUUUUCAACACGAUACGGUGGGGCCUUGUCAUGGUCCCGGUGCAGGCCCUUGAGCAGACCUCGCUUGCAUUUGUGGGCCACGCAUGGGGUGACUGGCGUCGAGAAAUCGGGGUCCAGAUUCGCCGUCCAAAGGCCACCAGGCAGACAAUCGUCAAAUUAACCCGGCCAGCUCUCGUCUCCCUUGCCAUUGCUCUCGCCAUCGAGGUCCCUGUCUGUCUGUUCCUUACAUAUUUUGGUGCUCGUCCUUUCGCCCGAUACCUCAGCGGCUCUGAUGAAGUUGCAGACGUGACGGCGAUGAUGUGGCGUACAAUUGACUGGUGUUACAUCUUCUACGCCAUGUCUACCAUGCUAGCGACGAUCUUGUUAGCGACGCGACCAAGAUGGUACCUUCUGCAAAGUCUAGUGAGCAAUAUGCUUUACGUGUUGCCUUGGGCUAUUCCUUUGGAUUUGGACCUUGAUGACAGGUAA